GAAUGUACCCUGGACAAAAUGAAAUCCAUCAAUACAUGGCUAUUUGAAUUGAACAGUUUCGAAUACUUUGACAUGGGAGCAAAUAGAAGUCCCCUAAUGAACUGUCAAAAGGUGGUGGCGAGACAACCUGUCACAAAUAAAAUGGUAACUGCCAGAUUUUGUCAAUUAAAUACCGGCGAGUCGGAUGCCUGUGCUAUCCUACGAUCAAAAUUACGUUUACCCAAAGACGACUCGAAUAGUUACAAUGGCAAUUAUCGCAAUGGACGACAGGAUGGUAACGGUGAUCCUAGCCAAGAAUUUUUCUGUUCGAUUUGUAAUACGGAUAAUUGUAAUGCAGCCGGAAGUAUGAAAAGUUUA